AUGUCUAAUUUUUGGAGAGAAAUACAGAACUACUCAGGAUGCACAGAUUUCGAAUAAUUGCAAUAGUAUCUCAACAUCAUCUACAAAGUAAGUGCAAUAGCAAUUUUAGUUUGAAAUCCGAUUAGAAGACUUCCAAACUAUACAUCCAGUAUAUUUAGCAAAAUUAUUACAUUUACACUAAUUAGCCUUAUAAUAUUAUGAGCACUCCACUGAAGAAUUGACAGAGUAUGACAAGUACAUAGCAAAGUCAACCAUAGACAUUUCUGAAGAAGUACUCAUAUGCACUAUUCCUAGAUCCAAAUAAUAGAGAAGAGACUUAUACAGAGCAAGGUGAAUGUCAAGGCAGCUCAAAAAAAACUGGCAUUGGAAUUGAGUCAAAAAGAUAAAUUCAUGUAGAAGGUGGUAAACACCCAAUUAAUCUAAUGUUUGUAUUGUGACAAAGUAGUCACAACCGACUCCUAAUUUGAUUUGCACAUGUAAUAAUAUCACAAAAGGGAAUUUAACAAAAAAGAAGUCAACAUCAUCAAUCAAGCCAUGCAGAAUCAAUUAUUAACAUAGCAAUUAAGUAAUAAAAUUAUCUAAUAAAAUCAACAAAACUACUUAGCCCUAAACUAUCAACUUCUUUAAUUCACCAAAGAGUAACUCUCAAGAGAAACCACUGACUUUCUGUAAAAUACAAUGUAAGUCACUUAAAAAAUUAAAAACAUUGAUUAAACAUACAUCAAUAAAAUUAAAAGUUUGGAAGAAGCAAUUUAAAAUAAAUUAAAAUUGAUCUAACUCAAUGCAGAAAAAGAAGAAUAAAUUAGGGAAUAAUAAGUGAAAGAUAAAGUUACAUCUUUGGAAGAAUAAAUUUAAUAAGAGUUUGAAAAAUCAAGAUUUCAAUUCAUGAGAGCAAGAUCACAAAAUAAAAUGAAGACUAAUACAUUUGUACAGAGAUCAUAGGAAAUUCCACUCAAUAAUUCAUAAAUCCCUCAUUCUGCCAUCUUUCAAUCAUAACCAGGUUUCCACAGAGGCUAAACCACAAUGAAUAUCGCCAGUCUUGCUAACAUAGAAUAAGAUGAGCUAAUUGGAGAUUCUGAAAACCAAAAAUCCAAUUUGCUGCAAUUCAAAAAACAAAAUAAACAAGGUUCAGACUAAGAAUCACCUCAGAUUGACCAAUCUUAAUAGUUGUCUGAAUCAAUAUAAGCAAGCUAGGGCUUAAUUAAACCACCGCCAGAGAUAUAGUAAUAAUAGUCGAAAUUCUCUAAGCCAGUUCAGAAGAAUAGUUCAGAAUCUGAGGGGGAUUAAUAGGGUGAAAACAAUAAUGCAUAUAAUUAUGAUAAUGAUGAUAAUAUCGAUUAUGGUGCAUAAAACCUGGAAAUCUUUCGUAAUGCAAUUGAAACCUAGUAAAACAUGCUAUUUGAAUUGUACUUAUUUAUUGUUGAUUCUAUUUAGGUUGUUAAAUCGAAGUAGAGGCUUAAGACCAACGUGCACAGACCUAUAAAAAUAAUAUUAUAGAAAAAUUUUGGAGAAAAACAUCUAAUAAGAUAUCAAAGGAAUUGAGUAGAAUGAUGUUAAAGCUUUAAAGAAGAAAUAUGAUGAAUUAACUAAACAAUUAAAGGAAUAAUAGGCAGAUGUUGAAGAGAAAUUAUAAUUAUACUCAUUUAAUGAAGAAUCUCGUACUCCAGAGGAAGUCGAUUCGAGAAGGGCUACGCAAUUUUUAAAUAUUAGAUCAAGAAGAAAUACUGAGAAGCACAUUAGGAAUUUAUCCUAAAAAUGAUAUUUUAUUUUU